AUGGCUUCGGCCGGCCUGGAGAUCCUGGGGAUGAUACUGGCGGUAGCCGGCUGGUUGGGAGUCAUGGUUGCCUGUUGCCUGCCCAUGUGGCGAGUGGCAGCAUACAUAGGUCAGAAUAUUGUGAUCACGCAGGUGGUCUGGGAAGGCCUUUGGAUGAGCUGUGUGGUCCAGAGCACAGGCCAGAUGCACUGUCGUGUCUAUGACUCCAUGCUGGGGCUACCCGUCGACCUGCAAGCCGCCCGUGCCCUCACCGUCGUCGCCACGUUUUUGGGCGUGGUGGGCAUCGCGCUGUCUGUCGCCGGGGCAAAGUGCACCAACUGCACGGAGGACGUCGCUAGCAAGCCGCGCAUCAUCAUGGCCGCCGGGGGCACCUUCGUCACCGCGGGGCUGCUCCUGCUGGUGGCGGUGUGCUGGACGGCCAACGUCAUCAUCCUGGAUUUCCACGACCCGUUGCUGGAGGAGACGCAGAAGCGGGAAUUUGGGAACUCGCUCUAUUUUGGAUGGGGAGCGUCUUGUUUGUUGAUCCUAGGGGGUGCGCUGCUGUCCUGCAGCUGCUCAUUAAAGUCACAGCGCAAUAACGUGCCAGGCAGAGUGGAGUACUCGUCAGUAAAGCCCAUAUCUGCCAAUGGAUAUGACAGGAGGGACUAUGUUUGA